CUUCUACAAGAUGUGUAUCUUGAUCGAUUGGUAGCGUUUACUCCUGAGAAGGAGGUUUGGAUGAAGUCGAAGGUGUACAAAACGACUGGAUCAGCCUAUAUAAUUGGUCGCAUGUGCAGACGACCUAGGAAAGGGAAAUUCGCGUCACUGUUUUAG